AGCACCCGCUUGCGUUCCAACCACCACAACCCCUACAGCACCCAGCCGUACCAGCAUUCUCAAACAUCAAAAGCCUUGCCACCUCUCGAGCAUAUUCAAAAUGGUAAAGAAGAGUGCUUACAACAAGUUUGUCAAGAAGGAGAGCGCCAAAUUCAAGCAGACGCACCCCAAGGGUACCACUCAGGAACGCAUGAAGCUCAUCGGUGCUGCUUGGGCCAAGAGCCCGGAGAACCCCAAAAACAAGCCAGGCGCAAAGAAAUGAACAUGAAUGGAACUGGACAAUGAGCGACUCGAUCACCACGCCUUCACGCGAGAAUGCGCUCCGCCUCCUCACUUGCUGUUGCAUGCAGGGUAGGCAAUCUGUCUGUACCAAUCUUCCCCCUCUUCGCUGGUCCCACUUAGCGACGAGGCUUCCAGGACGACCCCUCGCAUCCCCUCCGCCCUGGGCUCUCCAAGCUCUUCUCCGAUGUAGCAAAGCUCAUGGCCAGCUGUAUCUUCUCCUCUCACCCGCGAAAUGAGAUCGUGUACCACUUGA